AUGCCAACCCGCGACAAGAAGCCGCCAGCGUUCAAGCUGUUGAUGGUCCAGCUUAAGAACAUCCAGACAUCUUUGGACGACAUCUGGAGAUUCGUGGACGGUUACCCGUCGACAACUACAGCAAGUCAGGUCAACGUUCGCUUGAAUAGGAUCGAUGAGUUGUGGGAAAGGUAUGGAGAGAUUCUAAUCGAUGUUCAAGCUCAUGAUGUCUUUGAGGAUGAGGAUCAGGAGUUCAAUAAGGCUAGGUUAGCGUAUAGUGAUAAGUACUACUAUUUUUUCAACGGGGACAUCGAUGAGUGGAUCAGCUUCCGUGAUCUGUUCACUUCACUUAUACAUCGGAAGACGGACUUGCCCGAAGUGGAAAAGUUCCACUAUCUCAAGGGAUGCCUGCAGGGAGAACCAAAGGGCCUGAUUGAUUCUUUGAAGAUUACGAAGAACAACUACCAAAUUGCGUGGGAUAUGCUGUUGAAGCGUUAUGACAACAGCAAGCAAUUGAAAAAGCGACAGGUACAAGCUUUAUUCAAUUUGCCAACAUUAUCCAAGGAAUCGGUAACGGAUCUGCAUACUCUGACUGAUGGUUUCGAGAGAGUGGUGCAGAAUUUGGACCAGGUGAUCAAGCCUGAGGAUUACAAGGACCUGUUGCUCGUAAAUCUGCUCACAAACCGGCUGGAUCCGGUAACGCGCCGAGGUUGGGAGGAACAUUCCUCGACCAAGGAUCAAGACACGUUAGAAGAUCUCUCGGAUUUCUUACAUCGUAGGAUCCGGAUUCUGGAGUCAUUACCAACGAAGGCUUCGGAUUUCAAGACUUCUUAUCAAGUACAACAACCGUUGAGACAGAAAUCGUCUGUUGUGAAGGCCAGCUACGGUUCUGUGCAAUCGUCUGGGGGACGAUGUGCGGUAUGCAAGGAGAACCAUCCACUCUACCAGUGUUCAUGCUUCCAACGGUUGUCGGUGCGAGAAAGAGAUGCAGUGCUGAGGGCGAACUCCCUAUGCAGGAACUGCUUCAGAUCGGGCCAUCUGGCAAAGGAUUGUCCGUCAAAAUACUUCUGUCGUAGUUGCAAGGGUCGUCAUCAUACAUUGGUAUGCUUCAAACCGCAGAAGGAUGGGUUGGCGAAGGUCGCUGCUGUUGCUGGAAACAACAAUCCUCCUCCUCAAAUGGAAUCUGGUGAACCAUCCACUUCUACAUCCUCCCAGGUGGUCAACAUGGCAGCCACCGAAAUAACAGUCUCUGGGUCCACUCAACAGUUCUCCUCCAAGGUUUUGCUGGCUACUGCGGUCGUUAUCGUGGAAGAUGAUGAGGGUAGUCAGUUCCCGGUUCGUGCUCUAUUGGAUUCCGGCUCCGAGAGUAAUUUCAUCGCUGAACGGUGGAGUCAACGGCUCAGGACACAUCGAGAGAAAGUAGAUAUUUCUGUGCACGGUAUUGGUCAUGCGGCUACAAAGGUUAAGUACCAGAUUACCGCGAUGGUUCGUUCGCGAGCUACGGCUUUCUCGCAGAACAUGAAUUUCCUCGUGCUCCCAAAGGUUACGGUAAAUAUACCUACGGCGAAGGUGAAUACACAAGGCUGGACGGUGCCUAACGGGAUCAUCCUGGCGGAUCCCACUUUUCUCAAUCCAAGCUCAGUGGACAUGGUGUUGGGCAUCGAAUCCUUUUUUGAUUUCUUCGAAACUGGUCGAACAAUUCCCCUCGGAGAUCAAUUGCCGACACUUAACGAAUCAGUGUUCGGUUGGGUGGUCUGCGGAGGUCUGACAAAUCCAAGUCAAGGCUUAAGCAUCAAUUGUAGUACGGCAACUACACAAGGAUUAGAGGAGCUAGUCGCACGGUUUUGGGCUAGUGAAGAGAUUGGCAGUUCCAAGGUUCUUUCGUUGGAGGAAAGUAAAUGUGAGGACAUUUUCCGGAAGUCGGUUCGCAGGGAAUCCGACGGUCGAUACUCCGUUUCGUUGCCGAAAGAUGAAGACGCAAUUUUCAGGUUGGGCGAGUCACGGGACAUCGCAUUCUGGCGGCUUCAAGGCACAGAACGUAGAUUGGCGAGGGAUGUUGGUCUGCGAGAACAGUACCAUCAGUUCAUGGAGGAAUACAUCCGAUUAGGGCAUAUGACGAAGAUAGAGGAAACGGCUGAUCUCGAAAAACGAUGCUAUCUGCCACAUCAUCCGGUAAUUAAGGAGGCCAGCACCACAACUAAGGUCCGUGUGGUAUUCGACGCGUCAUGCAAGACGUCGUCCGGCGUUUCGCUCAAUGACGCUCUGCUGGUGGGACCGAUUGUACAGGAGGACUUACGAUCUAUCAUGCUCCGGAGCCGCGUCAAGAUAAUCAUGCUGGUAGCCGAUGUAGAGAAGAUGUUCCGGCAAAUCUUUGUUCUACAGGUGGAUAGGCCACUCCAAUGCAUUCUAUGGCGUUUCGAUCCGUCGGAGCCCGUCUGCGUGUUCGAGCUCAUCACCGUCACAUAUGGGACAAAAUCAGCGCCAUUUCUCGCAACCCGUACAUUGAAUCAGCUGGCAGUGGACGAGGAAACCAAUUACCCGUUGGCUGCAAGGGCAACCACCGAGGAUACCUAUAUGGAUGACGUCAUCACGGGAGCAGAUACCAUAGAAAAGGCACGGGAGCUUCGGAAACAGCUCGAUGAAAUGAUGUCAACGGGAGGAUUUCGGCUACGGAAAUGGGCAUCCAACCGUCCGGAGGUUUUGGAGGGAGUCCCAGAGGAAAAUCUGGCGAUCCCAAGCUCAGAUGGGAUAAACCUGGAUCCAGGCCCAAUAGUCAAAACGCUAGGUUUGACCUGGAUACCGAACACCGACCAACUGAAGUUCCAGUUCGAUAUUCCACCUUGGUCAUCAGAACAAUAUCCAUCCAAACGACAAGUCCUUUCAGUGAUUGCCACACUCUUUGAUCCUUUAGGACUUCUCGGCGCUGCUAUCACCACAGCCAAGGUCAUAAUGCAGCUUCUGUGGAAGAUAAGGAACGAGCAAGAUCAGACAUUGGAUUGGGACCAGCCAUUACCUUCAACGGUGGGUGAGAUGUGGAGAAAAUACUACGACCAACUUCCUCUACUGAACGAGGUUCGAAUCGAUCGUUGUGUGGUCAUUCCAGAUGCAGAAUUGAUCGAGAUUCAUUGCUUUUCUGAUGCUUCGAACAAGGCAUUUGGUGCCUGUGUUUACGUACGGAGUCAAGAUACAGAAGGCAGGAUUAAGGUUCAGCUGUUAUCCUCAAAAUCCAAAGUGGCACCAUUGAAGACGCAGUCCAUACCAAGGUUGGAGCUGUGUGGUGCGCUUCUGUCGGCGCAGUUGUAUGAAAAGGUCGAUUCAAUCUGUGUUCUGCGAUGGAUUCAAGCAUCUCCAAACGUCUGGAGUACUUACGUCGGUAAUAGAGUAGCAAAAAUCCAGACUAUCACCGAACCAUCACAAUGGCACCACGUUCCUGGCAAGGAGAAUCCGGCGGAUUUGAUCUCCAGAGGAAUUUCACCGAAGGACACCGUCGAAAAUAUCUUCUGGUGGGAGGGACCAGUUCAACAGUUCAUGCAGGAGCUGCCAGCACCACGAGUCACCGUGUCAAGGCCAUUCUUGCAGACCGGUGUGGAUUAUUUUGGACCAUUGUACGUAAGACUUGCACCCCGACGACCGGUAGUCAAGGUUUACGUAGCAAUUUUCGUGUGUCUCUGCACGAAGGCAGUUCAUUUAGAGCUGGUGACUGACCUGAGCACUGAUCGGUUCCUGCAAGCUUUACGUCGUUUCAUCGGCAGACGAGGAAAAUGUCAGGAUAUUUAUUCCGACAAUGGGACCAACUUCGUUGGAGCGAAAAGCAAGAUGCAGGAGUUCUUAAAGCUGAUUAGGAGUUCGGACCAUUGCGAGAAGAUUGUGAAGGAAUGUGCUGAGGAAGGAAUCCAAUGGCAUUUCAAUCCACCCAGUGCUCCACAUUUUGGAGGACUGUGGGAGGCGGCUGUUCGAUCUGCCAAAAAUCACCUUCUCAAGGUCGUUGGAGAAACUACGGCAUCGGCAGAGGAUCUCAAUACGCUGCUUGUCCAAGUUGAAGCAUGCCUCAACUCGAGACCACUCACAGCAAUGUCCGAUGAUCCCAAUGACUUGGAACCUCUUACACCAGCUCAUUUUCUGAUUGGUUCCUCAUUACAAGCUCAGCCUGAACCAAACCUGGAGGAUGUACCUAUGAAUCGUCUGAAACACUGGCAGUUGAUGCAGCGGCUGCUGCAAGACUUCUGGAAACGAUGGCGAAGGGAGUAUUUGAGCCAGUUACAAGGAAGAAUCAAGCACUGGAAGCCACCGGUUAAGGUCGAGGUAGGAAGACUGGUAGUAGUACGCGAUGAAAAUCUACCUCCAAUGAAAUGGAAGAUGGGGCGGAUUCAACAGCUUCAUCCAGGUGACGAUGGAGUAGUACGUGUAGUCACACUCAAAACGGCGACUGGAAUGUUGAAACGUCCGGUGGAAAAGUUGUGUUUCUUGCCGGUUUCUGAUACAACCACGAAUCAGCAGUCGUCAGUUUAG